AUGUCAUUCUUAAAUUAUGAAUAAAAAUAAAACAAUCAUGAUUAUGAAAAAGAUAAAAUAGGUCCAGAUAAAACUUCAAUUAUGAUUAAUCCAAAAUAAGGAUCCAAUAGCGAAAUAUAAUUUUAUUCUGAUAUCAGUGUAAUAGAUAGUAAUAGGCCAGUGCCAUAAUCAAGCUUAAUAAGACCUAUAGCGUAAUUAAAAAAAGAAAACUCAGGAAGAUAAUUAAGAUUUAACGUAACCUUUUUUUCAAACAAACUUAGACCUCAUCUAAAAAUGUUAAAGGUGAUUAAUAAGUUGCCAACAAAAUUUCUAAUUUUCGUAAAGUGGUCCUAAAGAAUGAAGAAAAUAUUAAAACUAUUUAAGAGAGGUUUUGGAACAAACUUUUAGAAGCAGCAUAUAUUUGGAGAAAAGACAUAUUCAAUUAUAAUAAAGAGGUUAUAAAUAAUUUAUUUUCUUAUGAUUCAAAGGAGGAAAAUAAUGGCAAAAUAGCAAAUUCUUCUAAAGGAAUUUUAAGCUUAAAAAUAGAAGUGCUAUUACCAUCUUAAUUAUUUGUAAGAUUAUGGGAUUUAAUGGCACUUAUAAUAACAGCUAUAACAUUAUGGUUUUCUUCAUUUGUUGCAACAUUUGGAUUAUUUUACUAAGAAUCCUACAGAAUAAUAAUAUAUAUGUUUAUUACAUUCUUCUGGAUUGAUGCUUUUAUAAUUUGUCAUAAAGCAAUAAUUUUAUAGGGAGAACUAAUACUAAACAAAAGAAUAAUAAUUUAGCAAUAUUUAAGAAGUCAUGUUUAUAAUGACAUCAUUAAUUGUUUGAUUUGGAUAAUCUAAUUAUCUCACAUUGAUGAUAUUCACGCAAGAUAGCUACUCUCUUUGAUUUAGACUGUCUUUAUAAUCAUUAGAUUAUAUAGUAGAUUAAAUAAUUAUAUUGAUUGUUUAUACAUGAGUGGUAGUUUGAGUGAAUUAAUUGAUUUGAUUAUAUUGAUUAAUUGCAUAUUCUUUUGCAUUCAUAUAUUUGCAUGUUAUUGGACAUACAUAGGAUUUGCUACAGAAAAUACAGGUAUGAAUUGGUUAAUAAAAAAUUAAAUUGAAAAUAAGGAACAUUGGAUUUAAUAUAAUAUAGCAAUAUAUUGGGCAACUAUGACUAUGGUAACUGUAGGUUAUGGUGAUGUAACAGCAGGAAAUUAAUAUGAAAUUGUAUAUUCUAAUUUUGCAAUGUUUAUAAGCAGUUUAAUUUUUGCUUAUUCAAUGAACUCUAUAGGAAUUAUUAUUAAGAAUAUUUAAGUUUCUUCAAGUUUCUAUAAGUAAAAAUUUCUUAUUUUUCUAAAGGAAAAAUCUGAUCUUAAUGAAUACUUAUAUGAAAAAUAAUCUUGUAUCAGAUUCCAUUUAAAAUAGAGUACGAAAUUUUUUAAAAUAUCAAGCAGAAAAUAAUUAGUAAACAAAUGCUUAAGAUGUAUAUUAUUAUUUCCUAUAGACAGAUACAUAAUAUAAUUGAUGAUUUUCCUCCUUUGCUUUAAGAAGAGUUAAAAUAAGAUGUUAAAUUAAGAAUAUUAAAUUAAAUUAAACUCUUUGAUAUCUUUUCAGAGAAAAUCAAAUAUGCUGUUGCUAAUAAGUUAUAAUAUGGUUCAUGCAUUCCCAAUGAUGUUUUAUUUGAUAAUCAGCUUAGUAAUGAUCAUUCUCUGUAAAACUUUAUUUAAUUAAAGUUAUUUUGUAGAAAAAGGAGAAAUAAUAAUCUAAGAAAGUAUGACGAAAAAACAAUUAGAAACCUUUAAAUCAGGAACUUAUUUUGGCCAAUAUUAAUUUUUUACUAAUCGUUCUUUACCAAUUCGGGCUGUUAGUCAAACUUUUACAUAAAUUUAUAAAAUAUCCAGAAAUGAUUUUUUAUAAAUAUUAAAUACAAGUUAAAUAGAUUUUGAAACUUAUCAUAAUAUUAAAGAUCAGUUAAUCAUAAAUCAAGAUUUAAGGAUUAUAAAUUUAAAAUGCAACAUGUGUUCAAAGUACACACACUUAAAUGUUUAUUGUCCAAUUAUUAGUUAUAGACCAGAUUUAGAAAGACUAAUUAAAUCUUAAUACUUUAUUAAAUAAGAAAGAAAAAAAAUUAUUCGUAUGGAUAGAUAAAAAAUCAAUUCUUUAAAUGAUUAUGAAAACAUAGUCACAUCUGUUACUUAAUAUUAGUAACAGGAGUUACAUAUUUAAUCCUCCAACAAUUAUGAUAAAAUAUCUUAGGAUCAAAAUGAAAGUUAAAAUAAUUUAAUUAAAUAAAAUUAAUCAAAUCAACCAAGUUUAUCAUAGUUGAAUGCAUAGAGUGAAAAAUAGUAAUGUAUUAAAAUUAAAACAUAUUAGAGAUUUUCUAAACUUAAUACUCUUUGGGCUCUUAGAUGUAGAAAUAAUAAUCAAAAUAAUUAUUCUAUCAAAAAUCCAUUGGGAUCUAAAUUAAUGAAAAUAGAAGAAAAUCUAUCUCUAGUACUUUUGAAUUAGAAAAUUUAGUUGUACCUGUAUCUAAUGCACAAGUUUAAAAAUAAUUUUUAAACAAAAACGCAUUUCAAACUACAGAUUUAAUGGAAGUUUAAUUAUAAUUUUAAAAUUGUGACAUUGAUCUUGCUUUAAGAUCAUAAAGUUAUUUACCUUUUAAUCAUAUUUCAGUUGUGAUAGCUUAAAAUAAUUAAAGGAGAAAUAAAUCGAAAUAACAAUCAUUGUUUAAUUUUAAAUAUACAUUAUUUUAUAAGGUCGCAACAUUGUGUAAAUUAGAAAAACCUGUUAACCAAAAUAACUUAAAAAAAAAAAGAUAUGUAAUGAAGAAUAUAUAAAUAAAAGAAAAAUAAUGA